GGGGGUCUUUUUUUUUUUUUUUUUUCUCCACAAAAAGAAUUUAGUUAAAGAACAGCCAUUGUUAUUCACGCUGCUGCUGCUGAUUUUUUCCUUCUUAUCUGCGAUGGUUAUGUGUUCAAUGCGUGGAAACAGCCUCUUUACAUAAAUCCAAAGGAAAAGUUGCUGAUAAUAUAUGCCCGCCCUUCUACCCUGGGGAGUAUUUCAUUUCAUGUACGGGAAAAUGUCUUGAUAAUGGACUGUAAGAAGCUUCAAGAAAGGUAGUAAUUGAUUUGUUUGUCUGUGGAUGUGGGAAUAAGUGGGGUAUUGGAGUGAAGUUGUUUCUCUGAUCUGUUUGCUAGUAAAUCUGAAUCCCAUUAAAAUGGUGCGACGGGGAUUGGAGGGCUGUGAUAUUUUGUUUGACAUAUCCCGUUUAGGGAGAAAGAGGGCAUACUCUUGGAAUAAGGAAUCAGAGUUUGAAAAUAGUGAUAUUUUUCGUUUCAAAAGGCAGAUUAGAAAAACUAGGAAUAUUGAUGAAGAUUAUGUACAGUAUUUGAUGCUUCUCCUUGACUAUGAUGAAGAGUCUAAGUGUUGCACAAAUGAAGGCAGAAAGGAAGGUCCCGCUGUUGCUAGAGAUAGGUUUAAUUAUGACAUGGAUGAGGAUGUGAAUGAGUAUGAGGAUGAUGAAGACGAGGAUGAGGAUAUUGAUCCAGACUACAGGAAGUUUUUGGCUAAUGCUAAACCAAAUGGGAACUCAUAUAUGGUUAAAAUUGAUAGAAGUGUUGGGUUUCCUGUGUUUGUAGAGUUUGAGAAAGAGGAUGGAUCUGAUGGAGAGUUUGAAUAUUUAGGACAGAGAAAACAGCAGGGUUCUGGGGAUGAGGAGGAUUUAGGUAAUGUCAGUUGCAAAGAUAAAGUAGAAAGUCAGCCAUUUUCAAGAGUUGUCCUGGAAAAUGAUGAUAAUAGAUCUGCAGGAGACAACAAUGCGGUAUUUGAGCCUUCUGAUCCUGUUACUCCGAUGGAAAAAGGGCUUACGAGCCGGAAGCCUAGCUUGGGGGAGGAUGGUGAGUGCAAGAGGCGUCAGAAGGGUGAGACGAAGAAUAGAUCAAAUAAGGAGCAGAAGAAAGGGAAAGGGAGAAAAUCAGCUAAAGUUACUACCAAAGAAGAGGGAGCUGAUAUAGAUGAAGACUAUUCCUAUCUUCUGGAGAAAUUUAUAUGUAAGAAUUGGAGCACGACACCCUCAUUUAGGAGGAAAUAUAAUAUAAAAAGUAAGAAAUCAUCAACGACUGUCCUGGAAAAUGAUAGCAAUAUUUCUGUGGGAGACAUAGAUAUGACACAUGAGCUCUCUGAUACUCUAUCUCCAAAGAAAAAGAAGAAAAAGGGGCUUACAAGCCAGAAAAAUAGCACGAAGGGAAAUGAUGCAUUCAAGAGGCAGGAAAACAGUGAGAAAAGGAAAAAAUCAAACAAAAAGCAGGCGGGCCGAAAAAGGAGAAAAUUAGCAGAUGUCCCUUUAAACGAAGAUGUAGCUGGGAGAAAAUCAGUAGAUGUCACUGUCAAAGAAGAGAUAGCUGAUGUAGAUGAAGUCUCAUUUAAAAGAGGUAACAAAUUUGAAUGCGAGGCUGCUGAUGAAGAUCUUCAAAUAGUUGUCAGUGGUGAUUGUACAUUUGGAAAGGAAGGAGACUCUAAUCUCGUGGAAGCUUCUUUAUCAAAACACUGUGAAAAUGUUGAGGAUAGCUUCCCAAGGAAAACUGAGCGUUCUGAUUUUUGGUGGAAUGUCAAGGCUCUUCUUGAGAGGCCUUACGAUCAGAAGGAAUAUAUCGGAUUGUGGAAAUCUGUCAAAAGUAGAAAGCCUACUCUAAAGGAUAUGGACUUGCGUAAUGGGAAAUUUUACUCGACGAGGCGGUUGGGAAAAUCAUAUUUGGAUCAUUAUAAAGACCUUCAUGAAAAACUUAAAGAAGUUGACAACGACAACAUAAAGCAGCUAAACAUCUUGCGCGGUUUUUUCUUUUGGUUACAGGGAGCAUUCAUCAUGUAUCCCCUCACUUCAUUGCCUCGUGCGUCCUCCGUCAUAGCAACAUCCUCUAGGGCCAACACCACUACGCAUGCUUCCCCCCCUCCUUGUGUGGUAGUGUGAACCUGCAUGGGAAGGUCUUAGAAGGCUGCCCAUCCAAAAGCAUCUGGAGCUUCCUCGCUCAGUGACUUUGGGAAUACACUUACAAUGACUUCCGGAAUAACUGAUCAAUAUAAAAAGAAAUUGUUUUAUGGACAUCCAUUUUAAAUACACAGCUUAACGCACUUCACAAUUGUAUAAUUGCUAGUCCAGUUAGAUUUCUGGAGAAAGCAAUUAACAACAUAAUCCUUUUAUUAAUAGUAAGUAACAUAUUAUAGUCAUCUGACCUCAUUAGUAAGUAAUUUUGCUUAGUUGGAAUUCCAUCUUGAGUUGUGUCUCAUUUAAUUUCGUGAGUGCAUUUACUCUAAGCUUAAUUCCCCACACUUUUUUUAUCUUUCUGGUUAGCCCCCCAGACUCCACUUG